GCUGUGAGCCGAUCGCCCUGCGGUACCUGGAGUGGAGCAACCCCGAAUCCAUCAUCCAGGUGGUGUUCUCCUGCCUCGGCAUCCUGGUCACCUCCUUCGUGGCGUUUAUCUUCGUGUUGUACCGCGACACGCCGGUUGUGAAGUCCUCCAGCCGCGAGCUGUGCUACAUCAUCCUGGCCGGGAUCUUCCUGGGCUUCUUGUGUCCGUUCACACUCAUCGCCCGACCCACGAUCUUCUCCUGCUACCUCCAGCGCCUCCUCGUCGGUCUCUCUGCCGCCAUGUGCUACGCUGCUCUCGUCACAAAGACAAACCGCAUCGCACGCAUUCUGGCCGGCAGCAAGAAGAAGAUCUGCACCCGGAAACCUCGCUUCAUGAGUGCGUGGGCGCAGGUGGUCAUCGCCUCCAUCCUGGUGAGCGUUCAGUUGACUCUGGAGGUCGCUCUGAUCAUCAUGGAGCCGCCAGAACCCGUUAAGUCCUACCCUAGCAUCCGUGAAGUGUUCCUCAUCUGCAACACCAGCAGCAUGGGGGUCGUGGCGCCGCUCGGAUACAACGGGCUGCUCAUCCUCAGCUGCACUUAUUACGCUUUUAAAACCCGAAACGUGCCGGCUAACUUCAACGAGGCCAAGUACAUCGCCUUCACCAUGUACACCACCUGCAUCAUCUGGCUGGCCUUCGUUCCCAUUUACUUCGGGAGCAACUACAAGAUCAUCACCACGUCGUUCUCCGUGAGCCUCAGUGUGACGGUGGCUCUGGGAUGCAUGUUCACGCCCAAGAUGUACAUCAUCCUGGCCAAGCCGGAGAGAAACGUGCGCAGCGCCUUCACCACCUCGGAUGCUGUGAGGAUGCACGUGGGCGACGGGAAGAUGGCGUGCCGCAGCAGCAGCUUUCUGAACAUGUUCCGGAGGAAGAAGAAGGGCAGUUCUAAUGGAAAGUCUGUGUCAUGGUCUGAACCAGGUGCCAGGCUCCCUCCCAAAGGAGAUCACACGUGGCACAGACUGUCAGUGCACGUGAGGCGGCAGGAGGCCAAUCAGACAGCCGUCAUCAAACCCUUAACCAACUCCUUCCUCAGCACUAAGACUCUGUACAACGUGGCCGAGGAGGAGGACGAGGGCGAAGCCGUGCGGUACAACCCCCCCGUCACCCCUCCCAUGAUGCACCAGGGUCAGAUCCCGAGGGGGGAGGAACCGUACGGACCUCGCGCAAAAAACACAAAAAACUGCGUCUUCGUGGAGCGUCCGCAGGUGGACGAAUUCAACAUACCCAAGUUAAAUGACAUGAUUAGCAUUCCUGAGGCGGUUAGUGGUGGUGUGUUAGUGUACCAGCACCAGGAGCCCCUCCUCUACCAGGAGCCCCUACUUCAGCUGGAGCCCCACCUCCUCCACGAGGAGACCCACCUCAACCAGGAGACCCUCCUCCUUCACGAGACCCUCCUCCACCAAGAGACCCACCUCAACCAAGAGACCCUCCUCCUCCACGAGACCCUCCUCCACCAGGAGACCCACCCUCACCAGGAGCCCUUCCUCCAUCAGGAGCCCCUUCUCCACCAUAAGCCCCACCUCCACCUUGAGAGCCACCACCCCCAGGAGCCCCUCCUCCACCAAGACACCCACCUCCACCAAGACACCCACCAGGAGCCCUUCCUCAACCAGGAGCCCUUCCUCCACCAGGAGACCUUCCUCCGCCAGGAGCCCCUUCUCAACCAUAAGCCCCACCUCCACCUUGAGAGCCACCACCCCCAGGAGCCCCUCCUCCACCAAGACACCCACCUCCACCAAGACACCCACCAGGAGCCCUUCCUCAACCAGGAGCCCUUCCUCGACCAGGAGCCCUUCCUCAACCAGGAGCCCUUUCUCCACCAGGAAACCCACCUCCACCAGGAGCCCCUCCGUCACCAGGAGCCCCACCUCCACCAGGAGCCCCACCUCCACCAGGAGACCCACUUCCACCAUGAGCCCCACCUCCACCAGGCGCCCCACCACCACCAGGAGCCCUUCCUCCACCAGGCUACCCACCUCCAACAGGACACCCACUUCCACCAGGAGCCCUUCCUCCACCAGGAGCCCCACUUCCACCCAGACACCCACCUCCACCAGGAGCCCCACCUCCACCAGGAGCCCCACCUCCACCAGGAGCCCCACUUCCACCCAGACACCCACCUCCACCAGGAGCCCCACCUCCACCAGGAGCCCCACUUCCACCCAGACACCCACCUCCACCAGGAGCCCCACCUCCACCAGGAGCCCCACUUCCACCCAGACACCCACCUCCACCAGGAGCCCCACCUCCACCAGGAGCCUGACUCCCCUUCAGAGGAGGAAGAUGAGGCUCAGUUUGGGCUCCUUCACGGCUACAUAUACAACAACGCCCGGAUCCACGACAGCGACGGGGACUCGGUGGACGGGAAACUCUCCGAGGAGGCCCUCAUGCCUCCGUCUCCGUUCAGAGAUCACAACGCUCCUCCUCCCGUGAACCCCUUCCCAAAUUCAGAGUCCAUUCUGUGCAGCCCGACCAACAUGACGUACGCUUCCGUCAUCCUCAAAGACUUCAAGCAGAGUGCCUCCACUCUGUGAGGGAGAAAUAGGAGAUAAGAUAAGAAGUGCUUUAUUCAUCCAAAAUUGGCACAUUUUAGCGAGAAUCAUGUAGGGGAGAUCGGGGAGGGUUGACAUGCUGCAAAUGUGCGGAAUUGGGUUCAAGGGUUCAGCUUACAGGAUCAUUCCAGCAAUAUGUGCCCAAACGAAAUUGGUGUGAAUGCUGAGAAGCAAAAACAAUAGUUAUAUAUAUAUAAAAAACGUCAUAAUUCUAAAAAUAUGAACCAUAUUUCAUCCAAAUGUUACUAUAAAAAUACUCACCUUUUUAUAGGAUCAUGUCCCGAUUUGUAGAGAGAUCGGAGUUUGAAAAGGGUUGUAGCUGAAAUGUGCAAUAUUGGGGUCAAGGGGUCAGAUUACAGGAUCAUUCCAGCAUUAUGGGCCCAAACGAAAUUGGUGUGAAUGCUGAGAAGCAAAAGUACCGCAUUGACCCGAUUAUAAGACGGGUUUCUUUUUUUUCUAGAACAAAAUCUGACAAAAAUGAGUCAUUUUAUAUUCGGGGUCUAGACUUUUCGAUGUUAUUAAACAGUCUCAACACCAGAUGGCGCCAAACGAGUCUUAAAGUAACAGCAACAGGAGAGAAAGUAGGCGAGUUAAUAAACAAGAGAGGAGAAGAUACGAUGCCAAUUUUAAGAUAAUGUGAUCAACGAAGUCAUCGAACAACCGUCGAGCAGCAAAGAAAUAUGAAAUGUAAACCAGUCAGAGAAAAGCUUUCCAAGGUAUCUUCCAAAAAUGAGUCUUGAAAAAGACGGGUCGUCUUAUAAUCGGGGUCGUCUUAUAAUCGGGGCCGUCUAAUAUUCGGGGUCGUCUUAUAAUCGGGGUCGUCUUAUAAUGGGUCAAUACGAUAAUAGCUAUAUAAAAACGUUCAUUAGUCCAGAAAUAUUAACCACAAUUCAUCCAAAUUUUACUAAAGAAAUCUCCACCUUUUCAUAGCCGUGGCUCAGUGGGUUAGAGCGCUGAUCUUCAGAUGCUGGUUAGCGUCGGCUGUACAGCACCCAUCAUCCAUCCAUCCAUCCUCUCCCGCUUAUCCGUGGUCGGGUCUCGGGGGUAGCAGUUCCAGCAGAGAGCCCCAAACCUACCAAACGAAGGAGGAGCGGCUCAACUCCGAGUCCCUCCCUGAUGA